AUGACGGAUCCGCAGACUGGACUAAGCCCAACACCCAAGAAGAGGGUUCGCACCAAGGCGCAGCUGGAAAGGAAGCGUGCCAGGGAUAGGGAGAGCCAAAGGGCCAGCCGAGAGAAGAAUCGACAGCGCAUGACCGUGAUUGAGAACGAACUUGCAGCAUUAAGGGCUAGAUAUGAUGCGUUAAAGACUAUGACAGAAAACCUAGUUGGCCGACCCAUUGACGAGUCGACGCAACCGCUGUUACAUCCCCUACAAUUAACACCAGACUCAGACUCGAGCGCAUUUCCGGUCGUGGCCGAAUCGGUGGCGUCCAGUGGAAGUAGUACGGGCUUCGAAUAUGAAUUCUCUACUGCAGCGGCUUCCCAAUCAGGGACGUUAGAGGAGGAAGUUCAGCUCCCCUAUUAUCCGGAUAUCGCGGAUAUACUGAGCCCCGAAGCACCAGAAACGACACUGCAGACGAUAGAUUUUGGAGAGGCCAAAGGAAGCGGCAGUGGCCGUGACGAUGGCGACGGUCUUGAUAACACUAUGACAUAUGAAGAAACCUAUAUACCGGGUGACUUUACGAGCGACGUAAUACCCAACGACUACAUCCAUCAUGUGCUGGACGCGUCUUUAAUGAUACACGCAUCAUACCCUCUCCCUCCCGCACACGCCGACGCCUUGGCUCUGGACAAGCUGGUUGCUGAUCCUCCCCUCUUCCUAUCCCCCACCAUCUCUAGCACAACGCAGUUCAACUGUCUGUGCUGCUUCCUCAAUCACGUUCACACGGAAUGCUUCGAGCGCGAGGUGUCUCAGCUCCUGUUCGAAGCCCACAUCUCGCGGCUCGGACAGGCUCGCAACGUGCCGAAAUAUCCUCGGUCACCGUCUCUGGCCAAUCUAUUAUUGAUUGACGUGGAUUCCAACCCAAUUGUCCGGGUGCUUGGCAGGCUCAUGCGACGGACGAGCCCUAUAUCAUUACCAGAUUCUAUAGCUAUUUACUUUAUUCUUUACAGGCUACUUCGAUGGCAUAUCGAUCCUAUGAUAGAAACAUGGCAUGAUAUCCCCGAGUGGUUCCGACCCUCCGAGCUCCAACGGACUCGGCCACAUCCCGUCAGCGUAGACUUCAUCGCCUGGCCGCUCCUCCGGGACUUCCUCGUCUCAUACCACAGCCAGGUCGACAAGGGCGGACUCGGACGGGAUAUUUCCGACGCCUUGACGGUGAACUGGCCAGAUGAGGAACAACUCAUCGUUAAAGACCCCGAAACGAACAUUGCUGUGCUGAAUCCCAAGUUUAUUGAGCAUAUCUGGCAGUUUUCAAGUUGGCGUAUGAGGAGGCUUUGGGCUCAGAGACAGCCGAGAUUUAUCGAGUUUGUGCGACUAGUGGAGGAGUGA